AUGCAGGGAAGGUGGAAUGCGUGGGUGCACUUGGGGAGAAGCCGCAGGGCUUCUCCCUCCUGGAACUCUCCGAGGCAGACCGAGCAAUCGCAGGUCCCCACGAUCCCCUCCCCGUUGACGAACUUGAUCUCUCCGAGGGACCUGAUCAGCGACUCCUCCAGCCCGCCACCGGCCGGCGAGUAA